AUGAAGCUGAUCGCUAUCCUCGCCACUGUCACUCUCUCCUCCAUGGUCACCGCAGCCCCAGUCGGAAACAAGCGAGAUCUUAUUCCCAAGCCUAUGGAUCUUCUGGAGAUGAUGUACCCUCACUCGGGAAUUCCCAAGCUCACCAUGAAGGUUGAGAAGGAAUUGAACCUUUGUAUGCUCAGAUCAAUCAAGAAUCUUCGAACGUUCGCUAAUCGAGGUUGCAAACAGAAAUGA